ACGCUGAAGGACUACUCUUGAAGAAAUUCUCUAAAGCUUUUUCUUUCCCUGCAAAGGUUAAACUCUCAGACUGAAGGAAUACUCUUCAAGGCAAACACUGUGUUUUUAUUAUAUGUUUCUGCUCCAGUAAAGAAUACCACGGUGAUCAGAGAGGAUGGACAUAACCUGCUUCAUGUAUCUGCUGGUCAUGUGCGCCCUCAACAAGCUGCUGGUGGUGGCGAGCCCUGAAGAUGACAUCCAGGAGCAUCUGAACCAUCGGGGCGAACAUCAGUCCACGCGGAACCAGAUCGCCACGGCCCAGUACGAAUGUUUCCAGAGGAUUAUGAAAGAAUCGCAGAGCAAAACCAAAUCAAUAGCAGAACCAGUGUGCAACGCCACGUGGGAUGGGUGGCUGUGCUGGGAUGAAACUGAAGCUGGACACACCGAGCAGAGCUGUCCAGACUACUAUAAAGACUUUGAUCCUCAUGCGAUGGCAUCCAAGGUGUGCUCAGAGACAGGCGAGUGGGGACGCCACCCCGAGAGCAACAGGACGUGGACAAACUUCACUAACUGCCGAGCCAACACGAUACAUCACGGGACAGCAGCAAUGACUCACUUCUACCUGGUGAUGAUUGGUCACGGCCUGUCGCUGGUGUCACUGCUCAUAUCAUUAGGAAUAUUCUUCCAUUUUAAGAGUCUGAGCUGUCAGAGGAUAACGCUCCACAAAAACCUCUUCUUCUCAUUCGUGCUGAACUCCAUCAUCACCGUUGUGUGGCUUACAACAGUGGUGAAGAAACAGGGACACACGUACAACGACUCUGCCAGCUGCAAGCUACUCAUGUUCAUCCAUCUGUAUCUGUUGAGCUGCAACUACUUCUGGAUGCUGUGUGAGGGCAUCUACCUGCACACUCUGAUUGUUGUGGCAGUGUUUGCAGAAAAGCAACAUCUCAUGUGGUAUUAUCUGCUGGGCUGGGGUUUCCCACUUGUUCCAGCGGUGAUACAUUCAAUAGCUCGUCACUGCUACUACAACGACAAAUGUUGGGUCAGCUCAGAUACUUCCUUGCUGUACAUUAUCCACGGGCCCAUCUGCGCCGCGUUGGUGGUGAAUCUUUUCUUCCUGCUGAACAUCGUCCGGGUGCUCAUCACCAAGCUGAGGGUGACGCACCAGGCCGAGUCCAGCCUCUACAUGAGGGCCGUGAGAGCCACCCUCAUCCUCAUCCCCUUACUCGGCAUCCAGUUUGUCCUGCUCCCCUACAAGCCGCAGGAACACUGGGUCUUUGAGAUCUACCUGUACAUCAUGGAAAUCCUCAUGCACUACCAGGGUCUCUUGGUUUCUACAAUAUUCUGCUUCUUCAACGGGGAGGUCCAGAGCGUUCUGCGGAGACACUGGAACCAGCAGCGGAUGCAGUUCACCGGCACAUUCGCCAACGCCGAGUUCUUCCGCUCGGCCUCCUACGUGGCGUCGUCGCUCACGGAGGUCCACCGCUGCUACAGCAUCGAGAGCCACACCGAGCACAUGAACGGCAAGAGCUACUCAGACAUAUUCAGAUCGGACAGCCCGUUUGUGUGAAGGUGGCGCUUCAAGGAUCAGUGUUUAUGUGACUUUUCCCAAGUUGUUAUGAAGACUGAUGUCUUCUGGGAGUUUUACUGCUGAGUACAAACUGUUCACUUUCACACCAACUCACAUAUUUUUCUUUUUUUACUUUUUCUCACAAAUUUUACCACAACAGAAGGAGCAUGAGACCAAAGACUCUGUUUCGUCAUCAAUAUUUACAUCCCACAAAUGGAAAGGCCUCAAAGCAUUAACACAAGGAAUUAAUGCUUUUUGCAUCACAUGGAAUAAACUUGAAGAGCAUUUCAGUGAACAAGAAGCUGUUCUGUUGAGCUGACUUGGAAAGAAAGAAGGUUUUUUCUGGGCAUUUUUAUGAUAAUGAUGCAUCAAGAAAUGGGUAGUAAUUGAAUAAGGGUGUUUGUGGAAAGGAUAUGCACAAAAUCCCUCUUGAACUACUUCUCAAAUCUGAAAAAGCAUUUCAGGUUAUUAAACUCAUAACUCUUCUUUUAGGCAGAAAUAAUCUGGUUGGUCAGUGCAAACAUCGGUGGGCAGAGCCACAACAACAGUCGCUGGGAGUUGCAAGCUGAAAGGCAAAGAAAGAGUUGAUCUUUCUGAGUAGAGAGGCAACUUUUAUGCCUUCAAGAAAGUAAAAGAAUAAAGUACCAUGAUAUCUGGUAGUACAUACGAUUUGUAAAAUGUAAAAAAGUUCAAACACACACAAAUAAUGAAGGAAUACAUAGAUAACUUGCUUUGCUAAACGUCACUCCUGCUUUUGCCUUUUUAUUUAAGGGGUGCAACUCAGAAUAUAGGGAGAGUUUUCUAUUUAUGUAUUAUUUACUUUAGCUCAGUGAAAACAAAUAAUGAUUUUCACAUUAAAUGUUUUGAUGAAACAUAGGCUUACGUUGUCUCAUCCCGUCAUAGCGACAGUUAGUGCUCCGUUAAGCUCAAUGUUUUUUUAUUCUUCAUGACAGAUUUUUCCAAAAUGCUGUAAAACGAUUGUGAGAUAAUCACAGUUGAAAUACGACUGAAAUGUGCAUGAGUCUGUACAUAUAUUUGUGUAUGAAUAUGACAUAUUUCAAGGCACAAAAUAUGAAGCCUUUAGUGUACUUUGUAUAUUUCUUUUCAGUCAGCUAACACAUCUUUGUAUAUUUCUUUUGUUACGUUUUUAAAAAUCAACUGACUGCAUCAGGUUAGUUUAAGGUAUAAAGUUGUUAAAGGUUAAAAUGUUUUAGUAUUAAUUAUCUAAAGAUGUAAGUGUCCAGGAAACAAGUUCAGCAGGAACUGACUUAAGUUGAUUCACUGAUAAAAUAAAGUUUGUCACCUCCAGUUAGAGAUAAAAGUGAAGAGCUGCUGGUUUCAGCCUUCAAAAACAGGAAAUACACUUAUUAUUUGAGUUAGAUGAGAAUAAUGAUACCUCUCUUGUGGCUGUCUGUUAAAAUAUGAAUCUACAGCCAAGAGAUGGUUAGCUUAGCUUAGCAUAAAGACUGGAAACAGGGGGAAACUGCUAGCCAGGCUAGCUGGAUAACAUUAUCUUCCAAAAUGUCGUACUAUUCCUUUAAAUGUGCAACACUGAACCCUUAAUUAAAACUUGCUAAAAUGCUUAUAACUGUUUCUUAUUCUGAUGGAAUCAAUGAAUAUUUCUGAUAUUAAUAAUACUGUGUGUGUGUGUGUGUGUGUGUGUGUGUGUGUGUGUGUGUGUGUGUGUGUGUGUGUACUGUAAUAAUUCACAAGAUGUGAUUUCUACAGCGAUUUCAGAGCAGAUUUUUAGCCUUAGAAGAAAUAAAUAUAUUUUUUCUUUCCAAAAUAUGAAAACUAUUUCUUUAAAAGGAAACUCAAUAAUAUCAGGGGG